AUGCACAAAAUAACGGAUGAGCAGGAGGAGAAUGGUAAAGCUGAGAAGGCUGAGAUCAUUCCUCGACUCUCAGAGCAGAAACAUCUGGAGAAUAUGGGUUAUGAUGAUGGGAGAAAAAGAAGAAGAACUUGUCCGAACAUGAAAAAAUAUAAGACCACCUCGAGAUUUUACAACACUGAUCCAGAUGGAAAUCCAUGUGAUUCUGAUGGAUUUGAUGAUGGACAAACACAUUCAGAUAAUAUAAAGAAAGUGGUUUCUCCGUAUGUUUUUUGUUUUCGAUAUUUCUCUUGA